UUGACCUGUGUCUGUAAGGUAUGUAUUUAAAUAAAACGUCUGUAAUCUGAAUUGUUAGUCACAGUGGAUGCGUUGUCGGUUGAUAAGAUUAAACUCGCGCGACUAAGCAUCAGAAAGGCACAGUGAUGCCCAGGCUUCUCCCCAAAAACGUAUAUAGUAUCAGUGGUGACUCGGACAUCGAUCGCAUCAUGGUGAACGAAGAUAAACUUCAGUUAAUCCCGCAAUCCGAGUGGAUCGACCUGAGAGACAUUUAUAAAGUUGAUUGGCCGAAACACGAGAUGGCUUACAAUACGAUCCAAAACUAUAUCAAUUGGGUUAAGAUAGAUUCUCGAAUAAAGCACCUGAAAAUCUAUAGCCUGAGCGAUAGUUGGAGAGAUAAUGGAACAUAUAUAAUUGUGGAUCGCUACCAAAUGUUUUUCUAUUCGAUAGAAGAAUCCAAUGAAUCUCUGGGACGCGCUCUACGCUUGAUCGAUUGGGAUUACAGCUACAAAAUAUGUUACAUACGCAAGUGUCAUCGUUCAGCUCUGGACUUAGUGUUAAAAUCUGCAAGCAUUGAGCUCCAGUGGGAAACGUUCACUUACCUGUACCACCUUCCCAAGGAGGAAUCUCUCAAGUUCGAGAUAAAUUUACCGGAUGGACUGCGGUUAAAGCGAUUGCAAGCGGAGCACGCAAUUACCGCCAACAAUAUCUGGCCUCACCGAUGCGAAGGUUCGGAAUACUUUCUGAAACGGCUAGCGGUUUGGAACAUUUCCAUAGGAUUAUUCAACGAGUCUGACAAGCUGGUCGCGUGGUGUUUCUGCUGGCAGACGGGUGCAAUGGGCCCUCUGGAAGUAGCUCCCGAGCACCUUAGGAAAGGUUACGGGACCAUUAUGGUUAAAGCCAUUGCCCGGGAACUGGCCAACAAUGGGCUGAACUGCUACGGGACAGUGCUUUGCACGAACAAGGCAUCACAGGGGAUGUUUGAAAAGCUUGGAUUCAAACGUGUUGAUGGUCACUAUUAUGUUCGAAACCAACCCAGAAAAUUGGUGGAAUGGGCCUGUUGAGUGUCUCGGUGGUAGUCAUCAGUAUUUAUCUGAACAUGAAUCACGGUCGUUUACGAUUACUCUUUAUUUUGAUUUCCACUUAAUAAAUUCAAUGAAACUCUGUUCAACAAA